CACAUGCAAGUGCUUCAAUUUAACUCCGAUAAAAACAUGGCGUUGGAUUUCAUACAGUGGUUCAUCAUUGGUCUUUUAUUAAUUCUGCCCAUUCUUUACGAAUUGAGCAGCACAUUUAAGUAUUAUGCCAAGUUUUUCUUUUACUAUGCGCUUUGUAUGAUAAUGGCUCCGUUUGUCAUGGUGUGCUCUUUGCCAAGACCUAAAGAUGUAAACAACUACAGAUAUGUGGCAUUUUGCACAAAACAGAUUCGUAAACUGUUUGGAAUAGAAAUUGAAGUUCGGGGUAGAGAAAAUUUGGUUUCCAAUCAGCCAUACAUUCUAGUGUCAAACCAUCAGAGUUCUAUUGAUUUCUUCGGCAUGAUGGAAAUAUGGCCAGAUCGGUGCACAUGUUUAGCUAAGAAAGAAUUGCUGUAUGCUGGGACAUUCGGAAUUGCAGCCUGGCUUUGCGACACUAUCUUCAUAGACCGUAUAAAUCACGAAAAGGCUGUACAGACAGUGGCCAGAACAGCUGACAUCAUAAAGAAGAAAAACCAAAAAGUGUACAUAUUUCCUGAAGGAACCAGGAAUCACGAUGGGUCAAUGCUUCCAUUCAAGAAAGGUGCAUUUCACCUUGCAGUGACGGCACAGGUCCCUGUGGUACCUGUAGUAUUUUCAUCAUAUUCAGACUUCUAUAGCAAGAGAGAGAAAAAGUUUGAAACUGGUAAAUAUAUCAUCACUUGCCUUCCCCCUGUGCCAACGACUGGCAUGUCGUCGUCAGAUGUACCAGAGUUUGCCGAACGAUUGCGGAAGCAGAUGUUAGAAGUGUACAAUCAGACAUCCCUGGAAACAAGACAGCCAAAAUUAAUCAAUGGAGUCAAAUAAGUUGGAUGUCCAGAUACUAAUUAUAGCCCUCUCUUUCUCUUUCUUAAUGAGACUGUGCCAGUAGAGUAUUUGUCUAGUGGCAGUCGAGACUUUUAUCUAUGAACAGCUACGAAAACACUUUCAUGUGUUGUAAUAAAUCAUUAAAGUAUAUGAGUGAUUUUGGUGCAUUUUCAAUAUUUAAGAUGAUCACCAUCUUGAAUUUUAUACUGUAGAUCAUAUGUUUAAAGACAGAUGUACAUAUUUAUCACCUCAGCAGUCACUCAUAAUGGGGAAAUAAACUAAUAAUUUUUCUCAGUGAGAAAUUAUCAUGCAUUGGUGUAACGUACAAUAUUAUUGGAUGAUUUAUCGCUUACAAACCAAUGACCUUGUCUAUACUAAAUAUGACGUCAUGUAGGUUAAUGAGUUUGCAUUUACACCUUUCUGUUUUCAUUAUUAACUUUUGUAAUAAAUUGGUUAUUUUUUAUUAAUGCAAUUUGUUAUAGAUUUUUUUUAACAAUAAAAAGAAUUUUGGUUGUUUGUGAACGAAAAUAAAAUGUAACGUUAUAGGUACUCAGAAUAGUGAGUAAAGUAGUUUAUAUUUUUAUAUACAAGCACAUGUAUGGAUAUCAAAAAUAUAAGGUUUUUAGAAAAAUAGCUGAGGUAAUAAAUAGAAUAACAAACUACCAAUUACUAUCAAACUAUUUCCCUCAUAAAAUAAUUUUUAUUUGUCAUUCGCUAAAGGUAACGACAAGUGAUAAUUAUUUUAUUAGGGACAUAAAUUUGUCAACUGGGAACUUGUUUAUUAUCCGCUGUAUCCUUUUUGAAUUCUGUUCCAAUAACAUAAAAUUUCAGGGAUGAAGAAGCUCUCUGAAUUUUCCAGAAUUUCAUAUUUUGGCAUUGGUCAAAAACCUGUUUUGUGUCCUUGCUAUUUCAUAAAAAGCUCACAAUAAUCUCAUAUUUACUUAAGCAGCCCAUACACGAUCAAUUUAAUUGACAAUAAUAUUGAUACAAUAUUAUUGAUGAAUAUUUAUUGGCCACCAACGAUGCAAUUAUUUACACAAUAUUUUAAGUCAUUUGUCCUCUAGCCAUUGCUCUAAGCUAUUGCGAAAAAAUUAAAACAAGAAUUACAUGGUCCAAACAAUGGUUUCUGCAGAGAAAAACGUUUGGCCAUGUUGAACUGCUAAAGGAACUUGGAACAAAUGAGUAGGCGUAUUAUCGAAAUUAUCUUCAUAUGGAUGAAAUAGCAAAUCAUAUUAUUCAUAAAUACUAAUAUGUCUAAUUUUGCAUUAAUGAUGACAUCAAUAGGUAAAUAUGAAAAAAUGCUUUUGAAAUUAUUAUUUUUAGUAAAUAUUGCAAGAAAACAUAAUUCAAAGUUAAUAUAUAUUUUAAUAAAAAUAAAAGAAACACAGAUUGAUAAUUUUAUUAAUGUUAUAUUUAAAAAGAAGAAGAAAUUUUCUCUCCUCUUCCUUUUCCUGCCUGGACAUGUUUAUCCUCGGAUAACUGGCUUCAGAAUGAAAUAGUGUGCAAUAAUUUGACAAAGUGCCAUCAACGACACAGUAUUAUUGAGAAACCUUCAAUAAAUAUCCACAGAUGUUUGAUUCUGUCAAUAUAUUGUGUCAGUCAAAAACUUUCUUCGAUAUCACACACUAAUGAUCAAUAAUAUUGUCAGUUUUUAUAACUGACAAUAUUAUUGUCAAUAAAAUUGAUCGUGUAUGGGCUGCUUUAAAUUUAUAUAUGAUCUGAUACACUUUGAUGAUGUCCAUAUUAUUAUUUUGCAUUCAGUCGUUGAAGCAAUAAGAAUAAAAAAACAAUAUUUUGGGAUAUUUUUGUAUUUUGCUUCAUUUAUCACCUUCUUCUCAACCGACUGUUUAAAUAUUUGUAUACACUAUACAGUAAAUAAAUUUUUACUUUUUUUUAACAAAUAUGUGUUAACAUUAUAGAUUUUAUGGAUUUUCUUUUACAAAGUAGUUUAUGUAAAAAUACUGAAGUUGUAACAGAAAUAGUUAACACCUAAAUUAAUACUUGUUGGAACCAUGUAUUAAAAUGUUUUAACAGAUUCCAUGUUUAAAGAGACUAACCAGUGUUUUUUGUUCCACCAAGAUUUCUGUUUGUUUCUUCCCUAAAAAUAAACACACAUCUUGCUGUUUUCAAAAAAAAAUUAAAAACACUAUCUUACCUUAACAUGUUUUAAAUAUAAAGCAUUAUAUGGAUAAAUACAUUUGGAAUGUACUUUGACCAAAUUAUUUCAAAUUUUGUUUGGCUAUUGUAAAAAAUAAUAGAUUCACGUUACAAAUUGUUUUAGGUGAACAUCAAUAUUAGAUACUACUAAACAUUACAAUGUCCAGAAAUGCAUUGAUUACAGAGAUAUUCCUAUUUUAAGCAAGAAAAUAUAAGUAAAUUGUAAUUUUAAUAAUGAAAAAUCAGUUUAUUUGCAAAAAAUCAUUUAAAAUGGCUACAAACUCGGGAUAGUCCCUUCAACAUGGAUUGACUGUGAUGUGACCAUAUCAAAAGUCAUUGUUUAGUGUCGUAGUCAUAUUAUCAAAUACCAUAACUGAUCUUGGAUACAAGUGGAGGUUUAAUUUAAUUGGACUGGAUAUGUUGCUCUAUUGAACUUGAUCGCAUUUUUCAGUAGUCUGGUUUAUGAAGAAAGACCACAAUCAUAGAAGCUUGUUAGGCUGAGAUGAUCCUUGUUAUUAGUAUUGAUUUUAUGUAAUGUUGGAAAUUGUAAAAGAAAAAUUAUAUUUUUAUAGCAUAAUUUAUAUUUGGUAGUAGACUCGCUUUGGUAGAAUGUCCUUUUUGGUAUGUUGAGGUUGAAGUGUAUCAAGUGAAGUGGAUCGUGAGAUGAAUGUAGUAGGUGAUAUUGUAACUUUAUAAACUGUUACCAGGGCCGUAGCUAGCGGAGGGACAAGGGGGGCAGUUCCCCCCCUCCCCCCCCCUGAAAAAAAAUCCAGAAAGCAUUAAA